AUGGUCAACUCAACAAGUCAGGCUCUCCUUCCAGCCGAUCAGGCCAGAAACAUGGUCUUCGACAAGAUCUUGCACAAGGACUCGUCGACAUCUCAGGGUGGUCUUCGUGCUAUGAUCAACAAAGACAACGAAGCACACAAGGCGGCCGUCGUUGAGUACUUCCAACACUGGGAUGACAAAAAGGCCGAAGAUGAGACUGAAGCAGUUCGCCAAUCUCGAGUGAUUGAUUAUGCAAGCUUGACCAGACAAUACUACAACCUGGCGACCGAUCUUUAUGAAUAUGGCUGGGGCGAAGCAUUCCACUUCUGUAGAUUUGCCUACGGAGAGGCUUUCAGGGCAGCCGUGAACCGACAUGAGCAUUUUCUGGCAAGCAAUAUUGGCAUCAAGCCUGGAAUGCGAGUACUAGAUGUUGGUUGCGGUGUUGGCGGACCAGCACGAGAAAUUGUCAAGUUUACAGGAUGCCACGUCACCGGCUUGAACAUUAACUCCUACCAAAUCAGCCGGGCCAACCAAUAUGCUGUUAAAGAAGGACUUACACACAAGCUAGAUUUCGUCCAGGGAGAUUUCAUGAACAUGCCGUUCCCCGACAACUCGUUCGAUGCCGUAUACGCAAUCGAGGCUACCGUCCACGCGCCAUCGCUAGAGAGUGUCUACAGAGAAAUCUUCCGUGUCCUCAAGCCAGGAGGUGUCUUUGGAGUCUACGAAUGGCUCAUGACAGAUGCUUACAACAACGAUGACUUGACCCAUCGCCGAAUCCGACUCGACAUUGAGCAAGGCGACGGAAUUGCUCAGAUGCUCAAAGUCGAAGACGGUCUCGCCGCCAUCCAAGCCGCAGGUUUCACUCUUGAAACCCACUACGACCUUGCCGAGGAGGACAGCAACGAUACAAGUGUCGCUCCGUGGUAUUGGCCUCUGGGCACUGAUCUUCGCUAUGCGCAGACAUUUAUGGAUGUGCUGAUGGUCCUGAGGAUGAACCGUUUCGGCAGAGAAGUUUCUCAUGCUUUCAUCUCGCUUCUAGAGCUGCUGCAGAUUGCUCCGGCUGGUACCAGGAAGACGGCCCAGAGCCUUGGAAAGGCGGCCGAUGCAUUGGUUGAGGGAGGAAAAAAGAAGUUGUUUACGCCGAUGUACUUCAUGGUUGGCCGUAAGCCUGAAUUUUGA